CUCUGCACAGCAGAACUGACGGCUUGAGCAAAAUCACAGUAAUGACAGAUCAGGUGUUAGGGCUAGUGAGAACGAAAAUAAAUAAACACAUCUAACACACAAUUAUGGAAAGGUCCCUGAUGUAAGUGACUACGCACUGCUUUCCCGAUAGUGCAGGAUAGUGAGGUAAUCCGAGCCCUUGGUUAAUGAGCAGGUGACGAGAUUUUUAUGUUUGAUGAUAUUAAUUUCUGGGCCUGGACUUUUUAUAGGUUGGGUGGAGACCCCAGGAAGUGAGUAAACCUCCAGGGAGAAAGGUGAGUAGGAGGAGAGCAUAUGGUUUGCCUGGGCUGCUGCUGAUCAGACAGACUCUUCUCCAGCUGUGAGCAGCAUCUGGCAGGACUGCCAGCCACCGCGAGGUACAUCUUCAGCACACAGGAAUAAGUAUUGAGGACUUGGCAAGUAGAGACGUGUGGAAAUUUCAGCUUUAAGCAAGGAACAAAGCUGCAGUUGCAGCUGCUUCCUGCUUUCCUGUGUCAGUUCUAAAAGGCUUGAUCUCUCGACACCAAACGAGAUGAAUGGCUCAGAAGCUAGUACUGACCAUGGGCACCCAAAGGUCAUGGGGGAUUUUCCAGGUCAUGUCCUUCCUGGAACACUUUUCUUUGUCCUAAGUCUUUGGUGGAGUAUAAAGCACAUACUGGAGCAUGUUUGUCGACAGCAAAAGAGGUCUUCCUCCCUUAUUACCAAGGAAUUCUUCUUUCGAGCAGAAAUUGUGGAAGGAAUUCUGAUUACUGGCGUGGUAUUAGUAGGAAUAAUUGGUCUCUACCUUGUGCUUGGAAAGCGAAAUCAGCUCUCAGAUAAAGAAUCCCAGUUGGCCCUAAUCCUGCACUGGCAUCAUCUUGCCAUGUAUGUCUUCUUUGCAUUGCUAGGUGGGACCAAGAUCUUAUGUUUCAUCAUUCGUUCACUUCCAGUCUCUUUGGUCAAGUUAAUGUUAGCAAAUGCCUGCUUUGUGGAUGCUUUUAUUUUCCACAAUCACACACAUGGCCGGGCCUUGGUGGACACCUUUGGGCACCAACUGUUGAGCUUCGCUAUAUUUUUAGCAGGUCUGGUUGCCUUUAUAGAAUUAUUCACAAAGAACAAUGUAGUUCUGGCACUCCUGAGGUCGAGCUUCGUCAUGCUACAUGGGAUGUGGUUCUUUCAGGUUGCUUUUGUCCUGUUUCCCAGAAAUAAAGACCAUGCAUGGGACCUGUCUGAUCAUAGCAACGUUCUGUUUUUCACUGUAUGCUUUUGCUUGUAUUAUGCGUUGACCUAUGUCAUCAUUGGAAUUAGUUAUGCUCUUGUUACCUGGUUGGUGAAGUGGAGACUUAGCAAGCUCUGCACCUCAGAAACUCAACUUCUGAAAAAUCUUGAACAGCAAGAAGAAUCAGAAGAUGAAAUGUGAUAUUUUUAGAGUGCCAUCUAGUGUCUCUAAACAAACCCUUUAUAUUUUCCAUUGUCUUUGCUCUUGGCUUUGUUUAGUGGACGGUAUGGAAAGAAGCUGUGACCACAAAGCCUGUAAUUUUGCCAGUUCACAGACAAAUUAUCGUGGGCCAUCUUCAGCCAAUUUAAUAGCAGUUUUUUACCCACCUCUGUAUGUGACCUAACAUCUUUGUGGUUGUAAGUAAGUCCUUCAGUAUGUACAAAUGGAUCUUUAGUUUCCACCCAGCAGAAACCUAUCAAUAUAGUCAAAAGAGCAUCGGAGGCUUAUAGUUGAGGUUCCCCUUUUUCUGUAACCUGCCUACAUGAUGUUUCUACCAAUGAUUUGAAAAGUGUUUUGAAUAUGGUUUACUUUGUUCUGUUAUGCUAAAAGGUUAUGAAAUUGUUACCAUGUUGGAACAUGGAAUUUGAGAUAACUCACUGGGCUAUAGUCACUCAUUCCUGACUCUUGGAGAAACUAAUCCCCUUGGAGAUGACAACAGUUUCUAGCGUUGACAGAUUCUUAACUUUUUUCUGAAGGAUACCUAGCUGAGGAUGAUUUUUUUAGCAGAUGUUUCAAUUUUGUUAAAGCAUUUGUGUUUACAUGUUUUAGUCUUUGCUUGUAGCAUAAUUUGUGAUAAGUUCAUUUUCUGUAUCAUGUAGAGUGAUUUUUCUGAUGUUCUAUGCCCCCAUAAUGACAAGUAUUUGUUUAAUUUAUCUGAUACAUAUGUAUAAGUUUUGUAAUAUUGCUGCUACCGAAAUCUACUAAGUACUAGAUUAUAUUUAUCCUGCUGCUGCAAUGAGGAAUAAGUGAAAGCAUGCUCCAUGGUGCAGAAGCUGAAGAGGAAACUGCAGAAACUUUUUGUGCCCAGUUGCUUCAGUUCUCUGAAAGGAAAAGGAUAACCAAAGGUCAUCCUGAACUUUUCAAAGGAUAAAAGGGAUGUUCCCCAGGAUGUAUAGUUACAAAGCCACGAGACUAGGAACGGAGAAUUGUGGUGGUAUCUUUGAGAAGAGAAACCUAACACUGCAUUGAAAGCAACCAAAGUCACCCUGUUAAAGCAGGUGAAGGAUUAACACAUGAAAAACCUAUCAUCUAAUACCAGACUCUCUGUACAAGAUUCUAUGACUUUGCACAUCUACGUUGCAAUGUUAUUAGUAAGCUGUCAUCUGCAGUAUCUUGAAGCCAGAAUUCUAUGUCUAGUCCUGGGCAGACAUGUGGGAAUAAGUAGCAUAAAUCAGAUUUAGAAUAGAUUUGAAAAUUGUUCAGUGCAAAUACACCGUAGUCCUCAUGAAAGAGCAGACCUGUCUAUGUGUCUAGUGUUGUAGAAGGCAAUUCUCUGAGAAAUACAGCUGCCACGUUCAUCAGAUCAGUUGGACCUGUUGACUGUUGACUUAGAGGAGGAAGACUGUGGAGCGGAGCCUUUGAUUGGCAGAAUUGUUUUAUGAAUGGUAAUUUUGCUUUAUUAAAAAACUGCAUUGUAAUAAGUUUUCUGAACUAAUGCCAAACACUUUACAGUACAAAUAUUGAAUGCUUUAAAUUCUAAAACACUGGCUGAGGAAAUUUGGCUUGAGGCUACAGUUCUCAACAUGCCCACACCAAUGGAAUCAUUCAACAUUUAUUGGGUGUGUCAGUGUGAGAAAUGCUGAAGUGGGAUGUGAACAUUAUGAUAAUUUACUGUGUUGAAAAGACUUGUAAAAACAAAAUUGUUUUUUAGCUUGUAAUACAUGGGAAGGUCACUCUUAACUCUUAUCUUGAAUGUAGCCUGCCAGCUAACUUGUCCAAGAUGGAGGGCUUCUCGGUACAGUUGGGCUAUUCUUAAAAACUGUUGAUUAAUGUAAAUCUUUCACUGCCUCAGAUAUUCUUAUGAGAUAAUGGGUUACAGUGUCAAUAGGAUAACUGCUAAGUUCAGCUUUUGUAUGAAACACUCUCUUCUUGCUUGGAUGACUGAGGUAUCUGCUGAACAUCUGUUACAAAAUCAAGCAUGGUCUGCCCUACUACAGGAUAUAUGUUAAUUCGGCUCUCCAAACUUAUAAUGUUGUAGAUUUUGCCUUUAAAAAAGUUGGACUAACAGUAGCUGAGGCCUUACCUAGAGUGCUCUCUGGUCUGGUCCUGGCCAAUUUUUAAAAUAAACACCUUCUAUUUUUACAAAAAUUAAAACCUGAGUCACACUGGCGAAUUGGUGGAUGAUCACAGAUCCAUAACAAAAGCAGAGUACCACUCAAAGCAAAGUUCUUGUUUCAAUAUAACUUGUAUGACUAGAAGUGAGAUGGAUAUAUAUCUAGAGAAAGAAAGAGACACAGAGACAUAGAGAGACACACAGAGAAAGAGAGAUAGAGACAGAGACACAGAGAGAUAGAGACAGACUAAAGAGAGAUAAAAGUAGAAUCUAACGAUCAAGUGUGCUUCAUCCCAGAAAUGCAGGGAUGACUGAACAUAUGAAAAUCUGUCAAUGUAAUCCACCAUAUAAACAAAUUGAAAGAAAAAAAAAGAUCAUUUCAUUAAAUGCUGAAAAAGGCUUUGAUAAAAUCCAGCACCCGUUCAUGAUAAAAGUUGUAGAAAGAUUAUGGAUACAGGAAGAUACCUAAACAUAAUAAAGGCAAUCUAUAUCAAGCUGAUAGCCAACAUCAAAUUAAAUGGUGAGAAAUUUAAAACAAUCCACUAAAAUCAGAGACAAAACAAGGCUGUCCACUCUGUCCAGGCAAUGAGAUGUCUCUGCCAAUUCUAGAGUUUUGGAAGUUGCUUGCAAUGCACUUCCUGUUAACUUAGGUAACAUUAUAUCCUUCUGAGAUCUUUGAUUGAGUUGAAAAAUAGGUACUUAUAAUAGUUUUCCUUAGUUAUG